AUGAAGAGAUACAUAGAGCCAAAUGCUUGUGCAGAAAGGCUGAAAGAAAAUGGAGAAAGACCAAACAGGGCAUAUAUGGACUUUCAGUUAUUUAAGAAAAUGAGGAAUAAGGUGACCUAUCUUUUGAAUAAAGCAAAACAUACAUUUUACACUUGUUUUGUUAAUGAGAACAGCAGUGACCAAAAACGAUUAUUUCAUGCCUCUAAGAGGUUGCUAGGAUAUAGUGACACUGUCUCAUUUCCAGAUUAUGAGGACAAGACUUUAUUGGGAGAUUUUUUCCACAAAAGAUAUCUAGGAUUCGUGAUCAGAUAG